AUGCGACGAUCCCAGGGCAGAGACGUCUCGAUAAUUUGGACCAGUUUCCUGAUGAAAAUCGUGGGUUUGUGGUUGGCCGCGGACCGGAACGAGCAACGACGCAGAGAUUUCGCGUUGAUCUACACCGUUGCAACUCUAUUUAUCAGCAUAUGCAUCGCGUUCAGGGAUAUAUAUUACUCGUGGGGAAAUUUUUCCAAUAGCGUUUUUAUCUGUUGCAAUAUUUUGUACGUGGCGAUCGUACUGUUGAAAAUCAGCGUCCUGUACGCGCACAAGAUAGAGUUCUUCGACUUGAUCGCAUUCACUCAGAAGAAUUUUUGGCGUUUCUACAACGACCCCCAAGAAUUAUUAAUUAUCACUGGGUGCAAGAAAAUAUGCAACUUUUCCGUCGUCCUUAUCAUCUUCUGUGCCCAGGGUACUUGCGCUGGCUACAUGAUCACUCCGCUCAUAGAAAAUAUAGGGAAAAAUGAGUCUGACAGAGCAUUGCCGUUCAAUUUGUGGAUCGACUUCCCCGUAGGAUUGUCGCCUUACUUUGAACUACUCUUCAUUGUGCAAAUACUUUGCGUGUAUCACGUGGCCACGUGUUACAUCUGUUUCGACAAUCUGUUGUGCAUCGUGAAUCUUCACGUGGCCGGCCAAUUUCGCAUACUGCAACACAGAUUGAAGAAUCUGGAGAACGCGAUCAGGGAUGAGACAUCGAGAUUACCAGUUUACGAGAACUGUUGCUACGAAAGGUUGAAGGACUGCGUGGAGCAACACCAAACGCUCAUCGAGUAUUGCCAAAGAUUGGAAAAUAUAUUCACCGUGAUGGUGCUCGGCCAAGUAAUGUUUCUUGCCGUGGUGAUGUGCCUCGUCGGAUUUCAAUUGUUUCUUGCGGACACCCCAGCUUCGAAGAAAGCCAGUUUAGUACUGAAUUUGGGCGGCACCUUCUUUCAACUUUUAAUCUUCACGUACAGCUGCGACAAUUUGAUACGACAAAGCGUGAACGUGGGCAAUGCGGUGUUCUCAGGGCCUUGGGUAAAUCUGCCGAUGAGCAAGGCUGGCAUUCUCGUACGAAAAAACCUGAUGAUCGUCAUAAUGAGAUCGCAAAAAGUUUGUUGUUUGACGGCCGGCAAAUUUUUCCCCGUUUCUCUGGAAACUUCGACCGCGGUUCUCAGUACGGCAAUGUCGUAUUUUACCCUGCUGAAGCAAUCGAGCCUAGAAAAUGUGUAACGAAAUUUGCGUGAUUAAUGACAGAAAAAUUUGUGCAAUUAUCAACCCCUGUUUCUUUCUGGAUAAGAUGGCACGAUUAAAUCUAAUAUGAAAAUUAUUGUAAUUAACGACAAUUUAUAGAGACUUAAUUAUUAGGUGGCCAUCAGGAUUCUCA